AUUUUAUUAUUCAGAGAAAAGAGUAUAUAUAUAUAUAUAUAUAUAUAUGUAGUUACUUCGGUUGCAGUAAGUGCUGACACUCCACUUGGUAUUCCACGAAUUCCGGAAGCACCAUACUAUGUAUCUGCCAAGUUUAAGGCUUGUCAGCGAUGCACAGCAGAAAAUAAUUAUAAAGCAUGCAGACAUCCAAAUCUUUCUAAACCAUUAUCUUCCUCAAUCAAUCAGCUCCGACGUGCAAGUAUUGAGAAGCCUUAAUUUAGAUUCCAUAAGCUUCUAAGUCGUAGACAGAUAGAACAAUACUAAUAAUAAUUAGAUUGAUUUUUUCCAGGCUUAUAAAGACUUUUAAAAAUUU